CAAGACCCCGGUGAAGUGAGGAGAUGGUGAUGAUGACAGCGCCUCUCUCCGCCCUCACAGAGGAAGCAGAUUGCGUCAAAUCUGCUCCUCCUCCUCUCCUAUUCACCGCUGAACGCUUCCCAUCCCCAUCACAGGAGCACCGACAGGAUGGAGGCUCUGUUAAAUGAGUGGCUGUGGCAGGAGGAGUACUGGCUUCCUCCUGGUAUCCGCUGGCGGGACAUUGAGAUGAAGGAGAAUGAGGGCCGCUUUCCUCUACCCAGGGAUCUUAUCUACACCCUACCACUGGCCUUUGCCUUUAUAGCUCUCAGAUACGUCUUCGAGAGACUCAUUGCCGUCCCAUUAAGCAAACAGUUGGGUGUGAAGGACCGGAUUAGGAUCCGAGCGGCCUCUGUCCCAAAGCUGGAAACCUUCUACAAACAGAACAGACGGCUGCCAUCGCAAAGUGAGGUGGUGGCCUUGGGGAAGCAGUGCGGAUUCUCUCCGAGAAAGAUCCAGACCUGGUUCAGACACAGAAGGAACCAGGACAGACCCAGUAACACCAAAAAGUUCUGCGAGGCCUCCUGGCGUUUCGUCUUCUACCUCGCAGCAUUCACUGCAGGGCUUGCCUCUUUAAUUAAUACUCCAUGGUUCUGGGAUCACAGAGAGUGUUGGAGAGAUUAUCCCAGACAGCCUGUAGCUGAGGUCCAUUUCUGGUAUUACAUCCUUGAAAUGGGCUUCUAUUUAUCCCUGCUACUGUCUGUGUCUGUGGAUGUCAAGCGGAAAGAUUUCAAGGAGCAGGUAAUCCAUCACAUCGCCACCUUAUUCCUCAUUGGUUUCUCCUACUGCGCCAACUAUGUGAGGGUUGGCACUCUGGUGAUGCUGGUACACGACUCCUCCGACUUUCUUCUGGAGUCUGCAAAGAUGUUCCACUAUGGUGGCUGGACGAAGAUUUGUGACUCGCUGUUUGUAGUCUUCUCUUUGGUCUUCCUGGUGACAAGACUCGUGGUGUUACCUAGCAGAGUGAUCCAUUCGACCCUGGUGGUUUCUCUAGACUUCUUCCAGCCCUUCUUUGGUUAUUACUUCUUCAACGCCCUGCUGUUAGUGCUGCAGGCACUACACAUCUUCUGGGCUUAUCUCAUCUUGCGUAUGGUCUACAAGUUUGUCUUCCUGGGCAAGGUUGAGCGUGAUGAACGUAGCGAUGAGGAGAGCGAGGUCGAAGAUGAAGAGGACGAUCCUGGGGAGGAGGGUGAUGAGUGCAGCUGGGAGCAAAGAAAGGGUACAAUCAACUCCAAACUGGCAUCACUAGCUAACAACUGUGUCCUGAACAACCUGACCAACCAGAGGAAUAUUAACAGCAGACUGCCCAAAGCCAGAUAGUGGAGCUGCCUUAAUCAACGCCUACCAAGACUCAGUUACAAAAAAAUAUACACCCUUAUUCACCCUUCUGCCCACUGGGGAUAAACUUAACACUGAUAUCAUAAAAACUUGUGGCUUUCCACAUCCAACACGGUCCUAUGAAGAUUUCAGUUGAGGGUAAGUCUACAUCCUGCACAUCUUGAAAAAAAAAAAAAGAACAAGCACAGACGAUUGUAAAUCUGCACCCCCAG